AUUGUCUAUCCGUGAGCGUGUGUAGAGCGAAAAAAUAAUUUAGCGGCGUAGAAUCUACAAUAUUUUUGUUUUCCUUUUCGUUGUACUUAGAUAACUUCCGAAACUCUUCUAGCUUCAGCAUGUUUUAUCCUUCCAACUUCAGCAUGUUUAUUCCGAAACUCUAUCCAACUUCAUCAUGUUUGUUUCCCCACCUCAUUUCCUUUUAAUACUGCUUCCUUUGUCGUAUAAGAAAAUACGAUGCCGAGACGAAGCUGAAAAUGUUUAUAUACUACUCUUAUAUACAAUACUUAAACACACACACACAUUGCGAAACCGUGUCGCUCAACGCAUGUAAAAGAUUACCCCUUGUUUCUCCGAAUCCGAAAUAUCACUCAUCUUACAUUUGUGUGUUCGUUCAAACAACACACUUGUCAUAUAAUAUGCACUUUCUCAUUUGUUGUUUUGUCUCAGAUUAACCAUUAUGGACCGUUAAAUGUUUUUAACGAGUCCUUUUCUAGUCUGUAGUGCUCUUUCAGAGAAAUUUGGCUGCGGUUUUUGGCAGGUCAAGAAACCGCGUACAACAGGCAUAAAACAGCACCAGGCUGGUCGCACUACUGAAUAAAUUGAAAGCAAUUUGCCGUUAGGUGUAGCAUUCCGAAAAUGCCGUGGACUUCCUGAAUGGCACAUCUAACGAUGUUGAAACUUCUUACAAAAUACAGGCAUCGAUAUGGGGUUAAGAAGCUCGCUUUGCAAUCACUUGGUUUCAGGUUCAGUCCUAUCGCGCGACACUUUAGGCAAGGGUCUUCUGCUAAAGUUCUGGGCCCCAUCACCGCUUGACAUCCGUGUUGGUUUGUUUAUCGACAAAAGUGACCGAUAGAAUCAGUAUCAGACUUAAAAAGUGUAUUAGCAGCAAACGACAAAAUUAUGAUGAACUCCAAACCUAAUCAAGUGUUUUCCUGCCAUAUUAAAUAUUUACCAGUUUCUGUAACCAAGAGUCAAGUUGCAGAUAUCUUCUCGGCCUACGAUGAUAUUUUUGAAAUCUAUAUCAGUGAAAGAGUGGUGGAACAGAAUUACACAUUUGGUUUUGUCAGAUUUAAGAGCCAAGCAUCAGCCAACCAUGCAGUGAAGUUUGUAACGGGAAAAACGCUGAAUGGACAAAAAUUGCUUGUCUCUCAUGCGAAACCAUCAGUAGCGGUGAACCCUGAGUCUUCCAGAUUAAUGGUCAGCACCGUUAGGAAACAACUUCAAGAAGAGUUUGCUUCUACAGAUGGAGAAAUUGAUGAACUUCUGGAGGAGGCUACUUCUAAAAGAUGGAUGAAAUCGCAUCACUCGUCCUCAGAAUGUGCUUUUUCUUUGGAACUGACCGAUAUUCUUACAGACACAAUGGACUACAAAUACUGGAAUGAAUUUUUCUCAAAACAGAAGGAAAUCUCGCGGAAAUUGAAGAUGAUUCAAAUGCAAACAUCAGCUAAUGGUUCAAGAUGAAGGAAAGAAAUGACAAUGGAACUGUGGAAAAUAACAGAUUGGCCUAUUGUCUUUGAGAGGGCAGAGAGACUGAGAUUGUCCUAUUGUCUCAGAGACUGAUUGGUUUUCUUUGUGAGGACAAAGAGUAUAAUAGAUUCAUUAACCUAAAAAGAGAGAAUGACAAAGUGAUUCUUUGUUCCAAAGAAGGAAGAGAGAAUAUCAGCAGAUUGAACCAUUGUUCAUAUGUGGAGACAGAGCAUAAAUCUGAUCUGUUGUACUUCAGAGAGAAUAUGAUAGACACAGCAGUUCUUCCAAGAAGAGAGAACAUAUUAUAGAGUGACCUUUUACUCCUGAGAAUGGAGAGACUAUAAUGGAUUGAGUCAUUGUCCCCAAAACAGAGACACAGAAAACAAGCUCACCAAGUGUAGCAUGAUCUGCAGUAGUAAGUAUUAUGUCCUACAGAAGUAGAUUGAGAUGGGAGAAAGCUGAAGCUAGACGUGGCUGUGAGGUUCUUCAUUGCAAAUAGGCAUAUAAUGGUGAGGAUUAGUGACUGUUUAAUGUGGUGGAAAUUGCACAGGAGAAACUGUUAUAUUGUGACGAUACCCAGAAGGUUGUCGAAAACUUGAGUCCAGUCUAUUUUCAUCACAAAAGUGACCAGUUUUGUGUUAAAUAGUAAUAAAUAUAUUGUUCAUUCCAAA